UCCUUGAGGUUGUCACUAAUGAGAGCAGCUGAGCCUGGGAGACAGAGACGUGGGGAAGGAUUUUAUUGGUAUGUCCCAGCCAACGUCAGAAUGGUUAAAAACCCGCUUCAUCUCCCAGCGAGGAGUCUAGCCCAGCUCACGCAGUAGCUGGUACAGGGCCAGCAAGCCAGGCGGCAUCUGCUCAGCCCCGCUUCCUGCUCGCAGCCGUCUGCGCGCGCCACCAGCUGCCAGCAUCUUCCUCCUCCCGCAUCCUCCGGCAGCAUCUGCUCCGGGUACCAGCCUCCCAGCUCCACUCGCAGGCAUCGCCUCUCUGGGUGCCCACGUCCCAGCACCCCCUCUCUGGGGCCGAGGGAGUCCCGCUAGGGAUGCAGUGAAAGCGGGCAAGGAGGAGACGAUUGGGAGAAGCAGACGGAAUGGGCACAGUGCGGGCAGCUCCUUAGGGUUCACGCCGCGGCGCGUCUGGAUCCCCACUCCGGAGAGCCAUGGGGGUGCUGAUGUCCCGGCGCCAGACGGUGGAGCAGGUGCAGAAGGUCAGCCUGGCUGUCUCCGCCUUCAAGGACGGGCUGCGGGAGCGGCCUUCCACCAAGCGCAAGGCGGAUGCGUGGGGCGGGCGGCGGGGGACACUGGAGCACGUGGUGCAGGAGGUGCAGGAGGAGGAGGAGGAGAGACCGGAGGCUGCCGGCCCCUCGCAGACGCAGCGGGAGGAGAGCCGUGCCAACCGGGCGGCCUGGGAAAGACUGCGGGACGGACGGGGCGUGGAGCCGGAGGAGUUCAACCGUGCCAACCGCUUCACUCCACCGGCCUUCGUCCGGCCCACGCGCGAGCUGCACGACGACGAGCCGCUGGAGAUCAGCCUGGAGCAACGGGAGCAGGUGAGCAGUGACGAGAUGUGUGAGAUCUGCGAGGUGUGGACGGCAGAGAGCCUGUUCCCCUGCAGGGUGUGCACCCGGGUCUACCACGACGGCUGUCUGCGCCGCAUGGGCUUCCUGCACAACAGCAGCGCCGUGGAGGUGACGGAGACAGCGCACACCGAGACAGGCUGGAGCUGCUACUACUGCGAUAACCUCAACCUCCUGCUGACGGAGGAGGAGAUGUACAGCCUGAUGGAGACCUUCCAGCAAUGCAAGAUCAUCCCCGAGACCUGCCUGACACAGGACAAUUUCCUGCACUACAAGCACCUGGUCCACAAGCGCCACUUCGAGAGGCCGCUGAGCGAGGAUCAGGAGGAGCGCGCUGCCCUGCAGUUCUCCGCACUGGACCCCGAUAAGAAGGGCCACGUCGAGUGGCCGGAUUUCCUCUCCCAUGAGUCCAUCGUGCUGCUGCAGAAACUCCGGCCACAGAAUUCCCUGCUGCGGCUACUGACAGCCAAGGAACGGGAGCGGGCGCGAGCCGCCUUCCUGCCCCUCCACCAGGACAGCCAGGGGCUGAUCAGCCAGAGCGAGUGCCGGAAAGCCCAGCACACGUGGUUUCGGAAGCACCAGAAGGAGGCCCCGUCCUGCAACGUCAGCAUCAGCCACGUGGGGCCCAUGUCAGAGAGCAGCCCAGCCAGCAGCGGCAGCAACAGGAGCCCGCAGAAGACCCUGCUGGGCACCGAGCAGGAGGAAUCCAGCAGGCCUGUCGACUGGCCGACCUUCCUGAAGGAGAACGUCAUCUACAUCCUCGCCGCCCGCCCCAACAGCGCCGCCAUCCACCUGAAGCCGCUGGCGUAGCCGCCGCCCAGGACAGGGGCCGGGCGAGGGCUCCCAACCUGGACGAUGCAUGAGCGGGCGGGAGGCCGGGCGCACGGAGCCCAGUCCUAGCCAUUGUGUUCUGUAGUCGCUGAGCUUGCAGCUGGAGGAGCUGACAGACUGCUUCACCCGCUAGAGGGGCUGCCCCGUCUCCAUGGGCCGCAAGUAGCCGCACCCAGCUCCCCCGCCCUCACCCACGUCCCAGCAGACUUCUGAUUGGCGGAGCGAGGCCCCAAACCCCGCACCACGCCCGGCCACACCCCCAGCUCAGUAGAGUUCUGGUUUCUGAUUGGCUGAGAGGGAGCUGCCCCCCCCAACCCGCACACAAUUCGGCAGACUUCUGAUUAGCGGAGAGAGGACUGAACGCAAACAGUCCAGCAGCGCUCUGGCUUCUGAUUGGCUGAGAAAGCCCAUGCGAGCCCCACGUAGCGGCUGGACGGUUUCCAGCGUCGAGGUCGCCCUGUACCGUGGCUGCGGGUCGGCGGACCGGGCGUGACCCUGGUGGCUGUGGACUAACAAGCCCCGUGCUGGCCUGGCAAUGGCACUGGCGUGCCUGCUGGAGAGCAGAGGGAGGCGUGUUGGGUGGGCUGGGGCCAGCACUGCGGGGCUGCCCUGCAGCUGGCAAGCUGGGCCAGGCACCGUGCCAGCCUCUCCCCUGCUCUCUGGGACCACCCCCGCCCCCAGACUGGUCCCCUCUCUGCUCUGCACGGUGGCUCUCGACGCCCAUAUUCCAGCCUCUCUGGGUGAACAGAUCUCUGGCUGGGAGAGCUGGGCACGGAGCAAGAGCCGAAUGCCGUGAGACCCCAGCGAGGACGUGGCAUACCAGGCCUGGGUCACCUCUCACCACCACCAAAAGGACAGCAGUGUGACCGCCACCACGGAGCAGGCCCUGGUCUCUGUGCGAGCGACAGUCCUGCCUUGGCCGGGAGGGCUGGGGGGGGACAUGGUGGAUUCGGGGCCACCAAGCAGAACAGCUCAGUGUCCCCAGAAGCUGGCAUGUGGGGAGCUGCUUUUCUCAGGCUGGCGAACCCCCGGCCCACCGCUGCGGCUGCAGAAACGAGCCACAGAGAACUCCCUUUGAGCAGCUCCACCUCCCGGCCUCCUCCCGGCUCAGGCGCCAGACGCUGCUCUGCCAGCCAGGGGGCCCGUCAGGACAAUCCUGAGAGUUGGGUGGUGUGUCGGCUGCUUGUCACGGGGCCGGAUUCCCCUCGCGCUCCCACCAGUGUCAGCUCCAGGGAAGUGAGCCUGGUUCACUGCGGUGAGGUUGUGGGGGGGAGAUCAGGCCCCCUGUGUUUCUGGAGCGAGGGCGUGGUAGGAGCCGUAGAAGCAUUGCCGCUAACGUAACCUGGGCCUCGCGCCAGGAUGUCUUUCUAGAAGACACUUGCUAGCUCACCCCCCAGUGCCGGGCUGGAUGCAGGCGUCACGGGGCGGGGUUAGGAAGGAGGGUCACCGUGGUCUCUUCUGGCCUUGCCAUGUGUGAAGAAGGGAUGCGAGUUUCUUGUGAUUUCUUAGUCCUCUCAAAGUUGUCAGACGCCAGCCACCUGCCUUUACUACACAGCAUCGCAUGUCUGCAAAUUCUGCGACCUCCGUCAGACUUUAUGGAAUCCGUAACCACCUGUGACUUCACAGCCAUAAGCCAGGAUAGAAGUCAUGCCCUCCGGCUCCAAAAGCACCGGCCACUGCCCUGAGCCAAAGAAGAAUCUUCUUUCAUUGUUAGCAGUACAGGAGCUAUGACACACAGGGAGCAGUUCCAGUUCCACCCACCUGGGGGCAAUGGUGACACAUGUGCACUAGCUCUGCACACCUUUCACAGGCACAGUGCUAGCAGCCCCCCCACUGGCACUCGGUACCUGCUAGCUAUUCACAAUAGUGCUUCCUGUUCCCUACAAAGAGAAGCCAGUAUUGCACCAUGAUGCAAGAUCAGCAACUCAUCGGAGACACUAUCAGGAGGGGCCAGAUUUCCACCCCACCCAGCUUCACCACCACAGAACCAGCUACCUUCCCCUUGAACGCGAAGGUGCAGCCGGCAGAGAAUGCAGUGCCUUGUCCCAGAGACAAAGCAGUGCACACUGGGGUCUGUAGUCUCCGCACCUACGUAUUCAUUAGGAAGAUGGCCAUGGAUUCCUCUGGCUACUUGCCCCACAGUCCCCUGCCCCCGGAGCCUGUAACAGGGCCUGGAUCAUCGGGGAGCUAGGAACCAGCCUGCGUUCAUGACGUCUAGAGCCGGUACAGAAGCAGAGAUGCCUGAGAGCGGAGAUCCGUGGUGAGCAACAAGAGGUCACUGAAUCCCCUUAGCCUCCAGCUCCAGCAAGGACAGGGGCUCAGAAUCAGCGGGCUUGGGCCUCUCCGGUAGCAGUGCUGGGCAGAACUGAGGUUUGCUCUCGUCCUGUUUCUUACGGGAGGGAAUGCAGAAGGCGUGAGGCUCCGUGAGCUGCACCAACAACAUCAGAGCGCGCUCCCCCGCUUUGGCGGGCUCUGCCUCUCGUUAAUAAGUACUUGGCCGUCCCCAGAGCCAGCCCGCAUAUGAGCUGAGCGGCUGCAGCAAAUGCUGGCUCAGCUAAUGGGAGAGGGAAAUCGGUCACAGUUCAACCUAGCGGAGAUAAAACGGUUACAUCAGGCAUGGCCUGCUUCAAAGCCGUGCCCAGCUACCGCCAGAAACCAAGUCCUUCCCGACAGCUCUGCCUGGAGCACCGCCGGACUCAGGAGGGAAUUGCCACCCAUGGGGCAUUGGCACGUCUCGGGGGGUUACAUCGGAAGCUCCCGAUAGCCGCCCUUGCCAGAGGCAGGAUCCAACUCUCUGGUCCAGUGUGGCAAAUGCUUUCGCUUUCGCUUUGCUAGAUCUGCCAAUGGGCCUGGCUUGGGCAGGCUGAGAGGAGAGGACACGGUGCCAGAGACUGCGCUGGAGGAAUCCGUCCCGUUGUGAUGGGAGGGUCUAGAUGCAACCCACCCCGGCGUCAGCGAGUCCAUGGUCACUGGAUGGCCAGUGGGGUCGCUCUGUCUCCUGGAUGACUGCUCACUCCAGAUCCUGCAGCUCUCCAGUCCUGGGGGUUCACUGGCCAAUUCGCCUUGUAUCAAGUAUAUUCGGAGCACAGCAGCUCUUGGUUUCUCAGGGACCUGCCCAGAACAUUGUCCUGUUUUUAGAAGGAAGCCUGCCCUGCUGCCUGCAAUGCCCCCUCCUGCUCCAUCCCAGUUGUCGUCUGGACUAUAACCUUCCUCGUCACCGUCUCAGCAGCCCUGCCUCAUGUCCACCGGGACGGUGAAGGUAGCCUGGGGCCACACAUGAUGUGCGUGGGGUGGGCCCGGCGUGGGGAGAGGAUGAAGGAUUGCUGCUGCUGAACAUAAAAAGAUUCAAGUGCACAGGAGUGACCCAAACGGGAGCCCAACCAUGCUGUCUAUCUAAGGGGUUCCUCUGGCACCUCUCGCCCUGGGAUGUGGACACAGCGUGGAGCAACACACCCAAACUUUGCCACCGCAUGACUCCGUUCACACCUUGCAAACAGCUGCCAAGCUGCACCGACCGUGCCUAACCCGGAGCAGAUUGUACCCACCCUCGCGUUCCAGGAGGAGAUGACAGGCCACAGCCCGCGAUGCCCCCCAGAUCAAGAUGGAGCACAACAUCCUGGGACCCACGGUCAGAAAGGAGUGGAGCCGUGGGCAGCAUGGCAACGCACCCUCAGUCACAUUCGGCCCGUGGGCGUCCCAGGGCAUGGACCGUGAUGCCGAGCCAAGGCCGCUCGCCCACAGGUCCUGCUUGUGAAAGCCUCCCCUCCCUGGGGCAGCUCGUUGAACGAUGGCAGAGAGGGAAGGAACAUGGAGCUGCCCCAACAGACACCACCAGGGACAUGGUGAGAAGCCGCAGUGACACCACCCACCAGGGCCACCGCACGAGCUGCACGUCCGAGCCAGCCCACGUCAGCUCCCCAGCGGUACCUUUCCUCCCCGGGGGAGUUUGGAGCAGCGCGCGCAGCGGGUCCGGAGCGCUCAGGCAGCACUAGCAGCCAGUGUGCCAGGGACGAGCGUGCUCCCGAGCUGGCGCAUCGCCGAGGGCACUUCAGUGUUGAAAUGAGGGCGGCAGGAGGGCGCACGUACAAGACAGGGAUAAUACAUGGGGGGGCUCCCUCCCAGAGGCCCACUGCUGAGUUAAUGGGACGGAGGAGACAUGGGCAAAGGAAAGCUCAGGGACCCGGGGGCAGGUAGCUUCCUGGAUCUUUCUGCUUCAGCCCAGGAGGUAACCGAAUGGGGAGCUAGACACAGUCUCCAUUGAAAUGAGGGCAGUCCUGCCUCUGUACCCUCUGGCUGCUCUGAAGCCCUCAGCCUGCUUGUCUCUGGCUGGUGACCCAGGGUGAUGCUCAAACUCUGGGCCCCAAAGGCUGCUCUUCGUUUGCAGAAAAUGGGGCUGCAUGCAGCCUCCUCCAUGAGCUUUAACAGAGGCAUAAACUGCAGAGACUACACGUCCCAACAUGCAUUGCAGCCUGUGCACUGCUGGGAUGUGUAGUCUCCGUGGGCCACGCUGUCUUGUGAAUGGAGCUGUGGUGGUGAGCCCCGCGGGCUGGUUGGGGCACUUGGCUCGCUGGCUGUGUAACAAGCGCAUGGGUUUCACCCAGCCAGGCAGGGCAGCGUGGAGGCCAGGGUCAUGGAGCCAAUGGGUUACCCAAAUUCCCACACGCCAUGAGGAGGUUGGGGGGCAAUGUACAGAUAAAGGGGCCCGUUCCCCUGCGCGGAGCCCCACCCUUCUGCCUGGGCUGCAUUUUACCCCCGCUUUGCGCAGGUGCCAAGGACUGCACCAGGAGUGGGGGCAUCAGCCCUCCAGGUUUGACCCUGCCCGCGGCGCUGCUGAGACAGCACCAUCGCCUGCUGUCGGCGGGACCGGGGGAAUGGCUGGGGCCGGCCCGCGGGGCGUGAGAAGGGCUGUGCAGCGAGAUGUGUCCAUUAAACAGCUGUGUCCAACCUCAA